GCUUUUUCGUCUUCACCCAUCAUGGCCACUCCUGCAGGAUUCCAGGCUCUUCCUCUCCCUCUCGUCCAGCUCUCGCUCGCUGCCGUGCUUAAAUGCGGGCAGUCAUUUAGGUGGUCCAUUCUUCCACUUCCUAAACCCAGUGAUCCUACUAUACCUGCGCAAGAAUACCGGCUCUGUCUUCGAGACCGCGUCGUUUGUUUACAACAAUCACAAACUGCGUUAUUUUACCGCUCAGCAUUUCCAGAACCUCAGCCAUCGCCUACUCAACUGCAGCUUAGAGAAGCAGAAACACUUUUGUGGCUCAACGACUAUUUCCAGCUAAAUAUUGAUUUGCCAAAACUGUACGAUGAAUGGGCCGCUCGCGAUAGUGUGUUUUCUGGCGUGAAAGAACGUUUUGGUGGCAUUCGAAUGCUCAGACAGGAUCCUUGGGAGAAUCUAAUCUCAUUCAUAUGUUCAUCCAAUAACAACAUUUCCCGUAUAACCAAAAUGGUGCAGUCGCUCUGCACGCAAUACUCUCCCGCGUUGCUCUCUCUUCCCGAUCUAUCAGGACACGAGACUCACUCUUAUCACCCGUUUCCUCCGCCUUCCUCCCUUGCCGCGCCGUCUGUAACCGUGACCUUACGGUCUCUGGGAUUCGGAUAUCGCGCAGAAUACAUCCAGAAAACUGCGAAGAUGCUCGUGGAUGUUCAUGGCACCAUUGAGGAAGGCCGCGAGCCUUCAGAACUUUGGCUUGAGAGUCUUCGUGGUUUAGCCACUGCUGAGGCCCGUACAGAACUUUUAAAAUUCAUAGGAGUCGGCAGGAAAGUUGCUGAUUGUGUCCUUUUGAUGAGCCUUGACAAGAAAGAAGUCAUCCCGGUCGACACUCAUGUGCAUCAAAUUGCCAUCAAACACUAUGGUUUCAAGGGUUUACUGAAGGGCAAAUCUCCUAUGACUCCCAAGCUUUAUGAAGAAGUAAACAGCAAAUUGGUAAGGAUCUGGGGUGAUUAUGCUGGCUGGGCCCACUCGGUCUUAUUCACUUCGGAUCUGAAAUCAUUUGCAUCGUACAGUGUCCAAAAUCCUACCCCAUCGGCACCUGUGAAAAGCAGCAAACGAUCGAAUCUAGAAUCAUUACUCCCAACGCCCCCAACGACUCCGUCGCCCUCUCCAUUGAAGAGGAAGGCUUCCGCGAGUCCACCCGAGUCUUCAGAUAAAUCAGCUGGUUUGGCCGACAGAAUGAAGAGGCUGAGACGCAAAUGAAAGCGGUUUGCCCCAAAUGCUCUGAUGCAUCCUCCUGUAUGCGGAGUCAAUUGUCUACAUUUUUUCGAGUCCUGCUCGCCUUCAAUACAAUUGGACAUUUCUUUCCAAUAAUUCCUAUUUUUUUUGGCGACAUCGUCACAAUGAUUGGCAUGACGAAUGAAGUUCUGGCAUCCUCACAAUACCUCAGAUGUUGCACCUGAUUUUGUGGCUGUCGCGAUAGGACGCGUAUGCUGA